AUGGUAUUGAGGGGUCUGGUUGAAGAGGUUCCGGCGCCGAAGUCCAUGGCGACGAGUCACAUGAGAAACCCUCUUCACAAUUUCACGUUCCCUUCCCUUUUCCUGAAUUGGGGAACCCAGAGGAGGAGCAUCAAUUGCACUAGCGCUGCUGACGGCGCGGGAGUUUCCGGGUCAAAGACUGAGGAAUCAAUGGCGGCACAGAAGGAGGAGUCGGAGCCUGAGAAGAACAUCAAUUGCACUAGCGCUGCUGACGGCGCGGGAGUUUCCGGGUCAAAGACUGAGGAAUCAAUGGCGGCACAGAAGAAGGAGUCGAAGCCUGAGAAGAAGCUUGCGGUGUAUGUGAGGCGUUCGAAACGGCGACGCUCCGGCGAGGAUGAGGAUGGCGUUGCAGCAGUGAGGCAGAAGCUCACGCUUGAUCUCAAGAAUCAGGCAGAUAGGUUGAAAGAAGCGAUUUUGGCUAACGAAGAAGAAGAACCUGUCAAGCCGUGGAAUUUGAGAAAAAAGCAAGCAGAGUGUAAUUCUGAUAAGGUGAAAUUUCACGUGGAGUUAUCCAAGAAGGAGGUUGAGGAUGAUUUCAUGGAGAUGUUGGGUUGUCGCCCACCUCGCAGGCCCAACAAGAGGCCCAAAGUUGUGCAGAACAAAUUAGAUGACAUUUUCCCCGGGUUGUGGUUGACAGAGAUUACUGCUGAUCGUUACAAGGUUGUUGAGAAGGUGCCUCCUUCCAAAAAAGGGAAGGGCAGUCCCUCUAAGAAAAGGAAGGGCAAGGGCAAGGGCUGUCCCUCUAAGAAAAGGAAGGGCAAGGAUAAGUGA